UCCUCCUCCUCCUCCACCAGGCCUGGGGCUGCAGUUCGAGCCCCCAAGCGAAGACCGCCAAGGGGUGGCGGGGCGGCAGCGGGCAGCUGGGCCGUGCUGCGUAGGGCACCUGAGCGCGGGCGGAGAGUUUCGUCGGAACCUGUGGCGAGCCGCCCGGAGGCGGGGGGACGCCUUUGCGAGUAGCAGAACGCGGAAGCGGCUCGGUGCGGAGCGGCUGAGCGCGCCGGGCUGAGCGCGGCGUCUCCGCGGAGCGCAGCGGGGCCGCGGCCUCCCCCAGCACCGCCGCCGCCGCCAUGUCCUCCGAUUUCGAGAGCUACGAGCAGGACUUCGCGGUGCUGACGGCCGAGAUCACGGGCAGGAUCGGGAAGGUGCCCAAGCUAGUAGGAGAUGAGAAGAAGCAGAUGGUUGCAAAUGUUGAGAAACAGCUCGAAGAAGCAAGGGAACUGCUUGAGCAGAUGGAACUUGAAGUUCGAGAGAUCCCACCUCAAAGCCGAGGAAUGUACAGCAGUCGAAUGAGAAGCUACAAACAAGAAAUGGGAAAACUUGAAGCUGAUUUCAAAAGGUCACGAAUCGCCUACAGUGAUGAGGUGCGGAAUGAGCUCCUAGGGGAUGACGGGAAUUCCUCAGAGAACCAGUUGAUAAAAUUACGUGAAGAGAGGGCACAUCUGCUCGAUAACACAGAGAGGCUGGAAAGGUCAUCUCGGAGACUAGAGGCUGGAUACCAAAUAGCAGUGGAAACCGAGCAGAUUGGACAGGAGAUGCUGGAAAACCUCAGCCAUGACAGAGAGAAGAUCCAGCGUGCUCGGGAAAGGCUUAGAGAAACAGAUGCAAACCUGGGGAAGAGUUCCAGGAUUUUGACGGGAAUGUUGCGAAGGAUCAUCCAAAACCGGAUUUUGAUCGUUGUUCUGGCAGUCAUCAUCAUCUUCACCACCGUGAUGGCUAUUUAUUUUUCUGUCAGGGGACGCUGAUAUCUUUGUUCUUCACUAAACAGCAACAAACUGCUUGUUCUGAGUAAUUAAGACAAAGUGGUCACAUGAAUCAUUCUCUUGCACUGACAGAUUCUCCCUCUCUUUUCCACUCUUCAACUCAGGUGCAAGUGGUGUAAAAUAUUUUGUAUUAUUGAUGGCAUAGUUGAUGGCAUGUGGGGUUGAUUAUUUUUUCUUACAUUUUUUGUCUUUAUCUGAGUGUUUUCAGAAUCUUAGCAUUUGUUGGGGUGAGGGCUUGUUCCAGUAUAAAAAGACUUAACAUGUGUCGAAUUCUACCCCAGACAAUUAGCCUGUAAGCUGCCAGAGUUUAGCAAGGGAAGAGGGGUCUUUGCACUUUUCUUGUGCUAUGCAGGGUGUAUGAAUAUCAAGCAGUAUCUGACCUUCUGUGAUAUAGAAUAUAAGUAAAGCAGAGACCAAACGAUGUAGAAAGUGAACCUGUCUCCUGUGACUAACUCCCGAUCAUGAAUUAUCGUAAUAGACGUAACCUGGUUAAGAACAGUAGUUAGCUUUAAAAAGAGAGCAACCUUAGGAUGAUGUUUAAUAUCUGAUGCAAAUCCAACACUCUAUUUAACAGUUUUUUAAAAAUUAGGCUUUCUUUUCUGCUUAUUCAAAACAAUUCCACUUUCAUCAAGAUCAUGAGAAUACAUCACUUACCCAAAAUGUAGUUGUGACCACAGCCCAUCUGUUGAAUCUGUUUUAAAUCUUUGAAUGCUGAUAUAUGUACUGAUAAGCAUACACACUAGGCCCUUAUUGAAGAUGUAUAAAGAUACUUAUCUAUUCAUUGCUGAUUUAAAAGAGACCCUAAGUAAUAGUUCAGUGACAAAUAUGUGAUUACAGUGCAUUAAACAAAAAUCUAGAUUUUUAAUAUUGGCCUGACGAUGUUGAGACUGCAUGUUGGAAAUAUUUUUAGUGUAUUAGAUUCUGAUGUGAUAUUCCCCUUUUCUAAACAGAAACUGUAAAAAUGUUAAUUUAUACAUGCUUUUAGCUGAUAUAAUGUAUCAUAGUUUCAUCUACCUGUGUGUAAAUGAGCUGUGUUUCUCUUUUCCUAUUGGCUGUGCUUCUUCUAUAGACAGGUCUAGGUCAUUUGGCUUAUAAUUAAGCUUACAACUCCAGCAAAGGUCUAUUUCUGCUGAUGUGGUAAAGUAAUUUUCACGAUAACUUUUAAAUUCAUUGUAUGCAAUUCCUUACAAAUAUUACAAAUUGAGAGGGAUUUUAAGCCCUUGAACUUAAGCUGUAAAAUCUUUUCAGAAAGAUGGCCAAAGAAACAAAAAGCUGGUGGCUUUAGAAGUCCCCCCAAAUUAGGUAGGGACUGAGCGCCGAAUUCUCAUGUGUGCCUUAGUACUUUGGGCAUCCCUGUGGUCUCUGCCAACUUGCUGAGCUGUCCCUGGGAGCUGAUUUUGGGAUAAACAUCUGGGAGUUGAUUUUGGCUGUAAAUAUGUCCCCUGUUUUCUCUACAUGGAAACAAAUAACUCAGCUAAAAGGAUGUUGGUACUGAUGCUACAGCUAAGACAUUGAAAGGUGGUGAUAAAUGCAGAAUAAAAGGAUCCACAGGAAAAAUGAUACUCAUUGAA